AUGGCCACUCAACAGCAGUUGCUGAGCGCGCUGCAAGCGCUGUACCACGGCGACCCCGCUGUCAAGGAUCAGGCCAACAAGUGGCUGGAGGCGUUCCAGCAGUCGGCCGAGGCCUGGCAGGUGUCCAACGACAUUCUGCACGCGCCGGGGGCGGGCAUGGAGGCCCACUACUUUGCGGCGCAGACGCUGCGCACCAAGGUGCAGCGGGACUUUGAGGAGCUGCCGGCGGGGGCGGCGGGUGCGCUGCGCGACUCGCUGGUGGCCCUCCUGGUGCAGCACUGCAGCGGCAGCGCCGCCGUGCGCACGCAGCUGUGCCUGGCGGUCGCGGCGCUGGCGGCGCACCUGCCCGCCGUGCAGUGGGGACCCUCUGGCGUGGUGGGCUGGCUGGCGCAGCGGCUGGGCGGCGAGCCGCAGACUGUGUCGCUGCCCUGCAUGCUGGAGCUGCUCACCGUGCUGCCACAGGAGGCCAGCAGCUACCAGCCCGCGGUGCGCCCGGAGCGGCGGCGGGCGGUGAUCGACGAGAUGAUGGCGUAUGCGCCUCAGGCGCUGCAGAUACUGUCUGGCUGCCUGUCGGCGCCGCUGCCGCGCGCGCAGGAGCAGGUGCUGGACGCCUUCACCUCCUGGCUGAAGCUGACGGGGGGCGUGGGCCUCACCGGACCCAUGCUCAUGCAGAGCCCGCUGGUCAGGGCGGCGCUGGAGGGCCUGCGCUCCGCCGACACCUUCUUCUCCGCCGUGGAUGCUGUGGUGGAGCUCAUCUACUGCACCAGCCAGCGGGGGCGCCCCAAGGACGACAUGGCGCCACUGGUGCAGCUCAUUGUGCCAGAGGUCAUGGCGCUCAAGCCCAGGUUCCACGUGUGCCUGCAGCAGGCGCUGGCUGAGCGCAACGGCACCAGCGGGGUGCCCGAGGGCGAGCACGACGACAGCGAGGAGGAUGCCAAGGGCAUGGCCCGCCUGUUUGCCGAGGUCGGGGAGGCCUACACGGGGCUCAUCGCAGAGGGGGGCCCGCAGGUGAGCGCCCCCGUGGAGGCGCUGCUGGAUGUGGCCAGCCACCCCGACGACUCCAUCUGCUCCAUGUCCUUCAACUUCUGGCACCGUCUCUCGCGCGCCCUCACCAUCGGCCUGCACCCCGAGCCGCUGGAGUCCGAGGAAGGCCCCGUGUCGGAUGAGGAGCGGCAGCGGCGCGUGGCGCUCUUCACCCCCACCCUGGAGCGCCUGGUGGCGCUCAUCCGCGGCCGCGUGCGCUUCCACGAAAACUUCGACUCCUGGCACCGAGACGAGCGCUCAGACUUCAAGCGCGCCAGGGUGGCCGUGGGCGACACGCUGAUAGACUGCGCCAGCGUGCUGGGCGGCGGCCGCAUGCUGCAGCUGCUGGUGGAGCCGCUGCUGGAGCUGAGCAAGCAGGUCACCAGCGGCGGCCAGUUUGACUGGCGCACCGCGGAGGCGGCGCUGUACUGCAUCAGGGCGGUGCACCGCUGCGCGCCGCUGCCCGGCGACGGUCUCAUGAUGUCGCUGUUUGGCAGCCUGCCCAUGCUGCCGGCGGUGGCGCAGCUGCAGUACACCGUGGCCCUGGCUGUGGGCGCGUAUGCCGACUGGCUGGCAGACACGGCGCGGCGCAGCGAGGAGGGGCGCACGCUGCUGUCGCAGCUCCUCACCAUGCUGACCCGCUUCCUGAGCGAGCCAGAGGCCUCCUCCGCCUCCGCCCUGUCCAUCCGCCGCCUGUGCGACGGCUGCGCGCCGCUGCUUGCGGGGGGCGGCUCCAUGGAUGCGCUGAUGGGGCUGUACCGCCAGGUCCAGGCCAGCGGCGAUGUGGCGCAGAACAGGACGGAGCUGGACCUGGAUGAGGACGACGUGCAGCAGCUGAUAGAGGGCGUGACGCUGGUGGCCUCUGCGCUGCCCGACGGCCAGCGGCAGCAGUGUGUGCAGCAGAUGCUGGACAUUGUGGUGCAGCCGAUGCAGGGCAUCCUGCAGGCGGCAGCCGCAGAGCCAGGCGGCUCGGGGCCCGGCACGCCCACGGCCGCUGGCGGCGGCGCAGCCCCCACGCCGCCGGCUGCCACGCCCGGCUCCCAGCUGGCGCUGGUGCUGCCGCUGAUGGAGCGCGUGACCACCGUGUUCAGGGCUGUCAAGGACCCUGCUGACGUGGCAGAGGCGCUGGUGCGGCUGUGGCCCUGGAUCGAGGCCGCCCUAGACCGCUUUGCCGGCGACGCUCCCGCCAUUGAGCGCAUCUGCCGCGCGCCACGCUAUGCGGUGCGCAGCGCGGGCAAGGCCGCCGCCCCCGCCGUGCCGCUGCUGGUGGCCAGCCUGCCGCAGCGCUUUGAGUCCAGCCGCCAGCCCUGCUUCCUGUACGUGGCCAGCGAGCUGAUCAAGACCUUUGGGGAUGAGCCGGCCCGCGACCUGGAGCUGGGCGGCAUGUUCAGCCGCAUGCUGGGUGCGGCCUGCUCCAUGCUGCACAGCCUGCACGACAUCAGCGAGCGCCCCGACGUCGCCGACGACACCUUUUUGCUGGCGGGGCGCGCGCUGAGCUACGCGCCGCGCCUGCUGCUCACGCCGCAGCUGCUGGCCGCGCUGCUGGACAGCGCCCUGGCGGGGCUGCUGGUGCAGCACCGCGAGGCCUGCUGCUCCAUCCUGGCCUUUGUCGUGCGCCUGCUGGACCCGGCCACCCACCGCGCCUGCGCGCCCGAGGCGGUGGCGCACCUGCAGGGGGCGCUGGUGCCGCGUGCGCCGCUGCUGGUGCGCCUGGUGCUGGCGGGGGUGACGGGGGCGCUGCCCACCAACCGGCUGGCGGAGCUCGCCGACGUGCUGUAUGCGCUGCUCAAGGUGACCAACCAGAACGGGCUGCAGUGGGUGGGCGAGGCGCUGGCUGCCAUCCCCGACGACGCGGCCACCUCGGGCGACAAGCAGCGCUUCAUGGGCGCCUGCCAGAAGGUGGUGGCCGAUGGCAUGACAGUGAACAACGAGCGGCUUGUGCAGCAAGGGGUGGAUGAGCUGUCGGAGCUGUGCCGGCGCAACCGGCGUGCUGCGCAGCUAGCGCAACGUGCCCUCCUGCCACCUGAACUUCACUACGUUGUGCGCUAG